AGCCGGCGCUGGCCACUCAGAGGUUUCUUGGUGACACUAGACGCAACAGUUGGAGCCUCACCACCUCUGGUUUCUUCGCUGCAGCUUGGACGUUGGGGGUUUUUGCCACAGCCGGAGCGCCAGUCUCGAACUUUCUCCUCCCAGAUCUUGGCAGAUCACGCGCUCUUCAGGGGUCUGCGCAUCGCUGCCGGGAUGAAGCUGGUUCCCGUCGCCCUCCUGUACCUGAGCUCGCUCGCCUUCCUGGGCGCCGACAGCGCGCAGCUCGACGUGGCGGCGGAGUUCCGAAAGAAAUGGAACAAAUGGGCGCUGAGCCGUGGGAAGAGGGAACUUCGAGUGUCCAGCAGCUCUCCCACGGGGCUCGCGGACCUGAAGGCCGGGCUUGCCGAAACCAUCGUGCAGCCGCAGGACGUGAAGGGGCCCUCCCGCGGCGCCCAGGCCAGCGGCCCGGACACCGCCCGCAUCCGCGUCAGGCGCUACCGCCAGAGUAUGAACCGAUACCAAGGUCUGCGGAGCUCCGGCUGCCGCUUCGGGACGUGCAGCGUGCAGAAGCUGGCGCACCAGAUCUACCAGCUGACAGACAAGGAUAAGGACGGCGUCGCCCCCAGGAACAAGAUCAGCCCCCAGGGCUACGGCCGCCGGCGCCGGCGCUCCCUGCCCCAGGCCGGCCCGGGCCGGACUCUGCUGUCCCCUCCAGCCUCCCGCUCCGAUCAAGUGCUCGCCGCCCUCUUUAGGAUUUAGCUGCGGCGGCAGCUUCCAGUCGCCUAUGCAUUCGGAGGGGACCUCCCGAGGCGGAGGGCUUCCCGAGCCGAGCUUCUCAGCGCUUGGGGACCCGGCGGAGCCAGCCCCGCACAGACCUGGAGUCCCGGAGGCACCUUCCCGCGGCGAGCCAUGGGCUCUGCAGGGGUCUCUCCUGCUCAGAGGCGGCGUUUGGACUGGGUGUCCCGGGGAGAGGCGGGGAGGUGGCAGAGGAAUCCCACGGAGUAUCUGCUGGCUCACGGAGAAAAACUGAGACUAAAAUGCUGAGACCCCCGCCGGUGCAAGGGUCUGAGCCACUGCCUUGCCUUCCUCCCCCCAAAAAACUGACUUCUCACGGGGUGUCGUCGCCCCACACCGGGGCGCGUAAGCUCCCCACUAUUACUUGAACCUUCCAAAAACCUAGAGAGGAAAAGUGCAAUGCGUGUUGUCUUUACACAGAGGUAACUAUCGAUAUUUAAGUGUGUUGUUGUCAAGAUUUCUUUUGUAACUUCAAAUCAUAGAGCUAUUUUUGUACAUUAUUAUAUUGUAUUAAGGGCAUUUUAAAAGCAAUUGUAUGCCCCCCCCUCAGUUAUUUUAAUACGUGAAUGUCUCAGCGAGGUGUAACGUUGUUUUUUGCUGCGUGGGACGAGUGCGAGUCUGUGUGUGUGUGGAAGAGACUGAUGUACCUCUUGUGGAAGAAGGAACCACCGCGUCUCUGUAUAAUCUAUUUACAUUAAAUGGGUGAUAUUGCGAACUAGCAAACCAAUAAA